AUGUCUGUCCACACGGUAGCCGCGUCCAAGCACUCCACCGCCCAGGUCUCCGAGGACAUCCUGACCGUCAUUGAGUCGUACCGGCUAAAAGCCUCGCCUUUCGACCCCAAGACCAUCCCGCAGGCUCGGGAUACUUUUCUCCCCAUAAUCCUAAAAGCCGUCGAGAAACGAACACCCGUCUCCCUCACACUUCCCGCCUUUCCCUUCAAGUCGCCCAACACCGAGGACAAAGUGCUGGGAACACUGCCCGACAAGGCCGAGGAAGUCGCGCUGAAGCACCUCCAAGGCCUCUGCGAGAACAUCAAGGACACAUACCCUCCCGGUGCCGAACUCACCAUCGUCUCAGAUGGAAUCGUCUACAGCGAUCUUCUCGACGUGCCCGACUCGACCGUCUGGGAGUACGGGGAAUGUCUCCGCCAGAUGGCGGCCGAGCUGGACUGCGACGCGAUCCACUUUGCGCGUCUUUCCACGAUGCCGUCGCUGAAGGGCAGGCUCCGGGAAGAGCUCCUCGACUACACUGACACGGCCGGGUACGAAAAGGCGGCGCCGGCGAUCCGCGAGCAACUGAUGGCCGUGUACGGCGAGAAGGGCUACGACGUCAACAAGCACAUCGCCAGCGACCCGAGCGUCAAGGCCACGUACAUGGGCUACCUGAAGUACCUCUCCCGCGAUCUCCGAAAGAGCAGCAGCAGCAACGGCGACGCCUCGGGCGAGCAGUCGGACUCGUCGGGCGUGUCCAUCACCUCGACCGGCAGCUCUGACAGCAACGCCUCGACCGGCAGCCGCAAGGCGUUCAAGCGGAAGGUGUCCAGGGUAGCCAAGCAGAUGAUCGCACGAGGAAAGUGCUACGCCGCCUGCGUCCAAGCAGCCUUCCCGGACUCGGUCCGCCUCUCGAUCCACGCCGCCAACUCGGCGACCAAGGUCCCCAUCGCCAUCAUGCCCAACGUGCAGGACCGGCCCAUCACGCCCUGGCACGCCGUCAUGACCUGCCGGCUCGACGGCUCCUUCAUCCCGCUCACCCGGCGCGAGGCCGCCGACGCCGCCGACCUGCUCGAGCUCAUCCACACCACGCCCACGACCGGCCCCGACGGCGCCGCCCCACGGCCGUGGUGCUUCCGCGAGAAAUCGCCGCUGUACGCCCUCCCCGCCGCCACCUCAAUCGAGCACACGUACCCAACCGGCCUCCUCGUGCGCUACCCACCCGGCACGCCCUUCGCCGCCGGCGCCGACAUGCUCAAGGUGCGGGGGCUCGCCGAGCGCAACAGCCCCGUCGUGCUGCGCGGGCUGGCGGGCACGACGGAGCGCGCGGCGUUCCUGGCCAAGGGGCGCGAGAUGGGGCCCAUCACGACGUGGAAGUUCGGCGAGCUGCUCGAGGUGCGCGACGGCGGCGGGAGUGGCGGCGGCGGGCUCAACAACGUGCUGUCGGCCGAGCCCAUGCCGUUCCACUACGACGGCCUGUUCAAGCUGGUGAACGGCGUCAGCGCCCCGCCGCGCUUCCAGAUGUUCGUCGCCGCCUGCACGCCGCCGCCCGCGAGCCCCGAGGGCGACCGCGCCCCCGGCGGCCCCGGCGGCCGCACGCUGUUCGCGACGAGCCCGCUCGUGUUCGAGCGCCUGGCUGCGGCCGGCGACGGCUUCGGCGACGUCGACGCGCUGCGGGCGAAGCGGUGGAGCGUCACCACGGACGCGUUCGACCACUCCGAGUUUGGCGGGCUCCCGCUCGUGGUGGACCACCCGGCGACGGGCGUGGCGUGCCUGCGGUACCACGAGGACUGGCCGCAGGAGCGGACGAGCUUCGCGCCGACGCGGGUGCGCGUGCAGGGCGUGGGCGCGGGCGAGGACGCGGCGAUCCGGACCGCCGUCGAGCGCGCGCUGUUCGACCGGCGCGCGUGCCUGUAUCAGGGGUGGGAGAGGGGGGAUGUGCUGGUCAGUGACAACGUGCUGGCGAUGCACACGCGCGAGGGGUACACGUCGGGGGCUGCGAGGGAGCUGUGGAGGUUGCAUAUUGAUUAG